AUGUCGUCGUGUUUUGGAUUAAUCGUUUUGGGGCUGCUUUCCCUGGCGGCCUUGAACAGUGGCGCCUCCAUUAGCACCCACAUUGUGGGCGGCAUCGAGACGGAUAUUGUGAACUAUCCGUAUCAGGUGUCGGUGCGUCUGGAAACGUACAUGCUGCUGCACAUUUGCGGUGGCAGCAUCUAUGCACCACGUGUGGUAUUGACCGCUGCCCAUUGCAUUAAGGGACGCUUCGCCUCGUACAUACGUAUUGUGGCCGGACAGAAUUCCAUAGCCGAUCUGGAUGAGCAGGGCGUGAAGGUCAGCAAGCUGAUUUAUCACAGUGGCUACAACAAGAAGACCCAUGUGAAUGAUGUGGGCAUGAUUAUAACCACUGAACCAUUGGCUUACUCCAGUCUAGUGCAGCCGAUUGCUUUGGCUGUUGACUCGCCUGCGCCGGGCACUCAUGCCAUUGUCAGCGGCUGGGGCAAGCGCACCGAGGAGGAUGAAGCACUGCCAGCCAUGUUGCGUGCGGUUGAAGUGGAAAUUAUGGACACCAACACCUGUGGCGCCCAGUAUCUGACCAAGGAUUACACUAUCACCGAUGAAAUGUUGUGCGCUGGCGUUGAGGAGGGCGGCAAAGAUGCCUGUCAGGGUGAUUCCGGUGGUCCAUUGACUGUGGAUGGCAUUUUAGUGGGCAUUGUCUCCUGGGGCGUGGGCUGCGCUCGGGAAGGCUUUCCUGGCGUGUAUACAAGUGUCAGGCACCACACCUCUUGGAUUGAAGAACAGUCUGCCCCCUAUCUAUAAAGAUUCAGGCGUUAUGUCGUGUAUGCAAGCUAAAAAAUGAACAAAAUAAGCGAACAAAUUAAUUUAACACUUAUAAAUAAAUUUAUACCAAAUAUACAAAUAAAUUGAGCAUUACAAAAGUA